AGGGUGGAGAAUGGGUGGAGGGUCCUGGGCACUUAGCCUGGAGGUGUUGGGCAAAGGGUCUGAAGUCUCAUCUUGGGUGUCACUUUCGGGAUCUUCUGUAAGGACAUCUGCCUGGUUGCUCUGGUGGCCAGAUGGGGACUUGUGGGACAUGUGGCAGUAGAGGGCCAAGCCAGUCCCUAGAUGCACUCGACAGUCUGCCAACUGCCUCCAACCUUCUUUCCCGGCACCUCAGUGGCCACUGGAAGUCUUCUGGUCUCUCUCUGGGGUUCAGGCUCUGUCCCUUGGCCUUUUGACCUCUUUGUCCUUCCUUCAGUGUUUCUUGGUCUCUCCUACUGUCCUCAAGCAGGCCUCAGGGCUCCCGGCUGGCCUGAAGCUGGGGCUGCGGGGAGGUUCUGUGACAGUUGGAGAGGUUCCAGGGAGUUGGGACGUUGGCCAUGGACGCAUCCUGCACAGUGGACCUGUCGGACCCAAACUACUCCUGGGAGGAGGACAGAAAGUACAUCCUGCGGGGCUGGGCCCUGGUCUUCAGCACCCUCACCACCCUGAUGGUGCUCAGCGCGGUGGAUGGGCGGAUGGCCUACCUGGAGGGCUCCUACUCUGGCUACAUGGGCUUCUGGAUCAACUGCAAGAAGUACAAAUGCUCCAACGUGGGCCAAGUCACUGUUCUCAUCCACAUGAGCAUGGGCCUGAUGAUGCUGGCCUUGACCAUUUGUCUCAUCCUUGUCACCACCAUGGCCCUCUCCUUCUGGCCGGUCUUCCGCCGCCUGAACAAGACCGACCUUAUCUUCAGUUUACUCAGCUUCGGCAUUGGGUUCCUGGUUAUCCUCAGCAUGACGCUCUUUGUAGCCAACUGCCAGGCCCUGAGACCAAAGCCACGUAUUUCGUACCUGUUUACCUCCUACCUAUGCUGGGGCAGCGGCGCCUUGAUACUGUGGACAGGAGUCCUGAGCUACUUAAACUACGCGGGCAUGUGGAGCCAGGCCUCGUUCAGCUGGGAUCGGCGGGUGAGCUACUGGCGGUGGGCCUCGCGGCUCACUUCUAUGAGGCACCUGUCCAGACAGUCAGACUCAGACCGCAAGUCCAGUUCGCUCCCGGGGCAGGGGAUCCCCGCCAAGCCUCCCUAAGCCAUGGUUGCUCAGGACACGGACGGGUACCUGGGCCCGGGGGCGGGGAUCAGACCUCCACGGAGACCCGCCUCCCUAAGAACAUGCCUCGCCCUCCGAGGGCUGCUGACAAAGCCGCGACCCUCCAGCUUGGGCCCACCCUUUGCGGCUCUGUUCCCGUCCAGAGUCCUCCCCUGGUCCCCAUCCCAGAAGUCAGACACCGCCCCCUUCCGCUCUGCACGCAGCUCCCGCCAAGGGGCCAGUGGGUGUGGAUCUGCUCCCACCCUAGCGUGGCCCCGCCCCAAUCCCAGAUAGGCCACGCCCAGAUCCUACCGAGGCCCCCCCAAUCCUAGCCAGGCCACGCCCCAUCCUAGCUAGGCCCCGCCCCAUCCCAGCUAGGCCACACCCCAAAGCCGCCCUUCAUCCUCGGAACUCCUCCCUCUCCGAGGGCCAGCCCCGCCCCUGGAUGCCUCCUCUUGCCCCUGGGCGGACACAACACCCACCCAGCUUUUGCCCCUCCCCAGGAGGGCA